GAAAAUCUCUCUGAUUUAAUUAUUCUUUUCCAUUUUCCCCUCUAUCUCUUCUCUCUCUAUCUAUCUAUCGAGCGGUUCUUCUUCUUCUUCUUCUUGGAUCAAUCAACGCGAAACGAAGUCAAAUCGCGAAGAUAUGGUUGAGACGCGAAGCAGCUCCUCCGCUUCCAAGCGUUUCUGUUCCUCCUCAUCCCCUGAACCCUCCGCUUCGUCUCCACGCCCUUCUAAGCGAUCUAAGGCGGCGGAACCGGCGGGGUCUUCUUCGGCGAGUGAGGUUCCGGUGGAGAAUCAAGGACCCGGUUCGGAUCCUGGAUCGGAAUCUGGAGAGCCGGAGAUGAGAUCCGCUGAUCCGCAAGGUGUGGAUGCUGCGGAGAAGCCUGGUGUUCUCACUGAUGUGCCUUUGAGAGAGGCUUCUCCUGAAACCGAUGUAUUGGCCACACCUACUGUUGCAGAGGACGUGGUGGCGGAUGGUGAGAAGUCUAAGGCGGGGAAGAAAAGAGCUAAGGCUCCAUGGGCGAAGCUACUUUCACAGUAUCCUCAGAACCCUCACCGUAUCAUGAGGGGACCUGUGUUCACAGUUGGACGUCGGGGAUGUGAUUUAUCUAUCAAAGACCAGUCUAUGCCCAGCAACCUGUGUGAACUUAAGCAGGCUGAGAACGGAGGUCCAUCGGUUGCAACUUUGGAGAUAACUGGGAAUGGAGUUCUUGUUCAGGUGAAUGGAAAGUGUUACCAGAAAGGUGCUCUCGUUCACCUCCGGGGUGGGGACGAGGUGAUCUUCAACAUUUCUGGGAGACAUGCUUAUAUAUUUCAACCUCUUAAAGAUGAAAAUCUAGCCGCUCCUGACAGAUCUUUUUCAGAGAAAUUAUUUGAAGCUCGAGGUGGCCGGGUUCAUUCUGAGACAAGAGCAGGAGAGUCCUCAGCUGUUGAUGGGGCCUCUAUAUUGGCAUCUCUAUCAAAGUACCGCAACUUACAUCUUCGACCACCAAUUGCUAAAUCUGCCAAAAGGCAGCACAAUCCAGAGGUUCCACAGGAACCUACCAGCUGCAAUGAUUGCAUCUCAGAUACCGACAUGAACGAUGCUGAUAGUAACAAUGAUCAUGCUGCUAUUGCUUCAGUGGAGAAAGCUGCUCCUUCAACCUCUUACACUGCCAAUGAGAAUCUGAAUGCCGAUGGCAGUGGAUUGGAUCCUUUUCAAGAAGCCGAUGGUGGAAACCCUCCUGCUUCUGGUUAUGAAAUUAGACCUAUCUUGCGCCUUCUUGGGGAAUCCUCUUCAUUGGAUAUAAGGGGAAUCUCCAAAUUGCUGGAUGAAAGAAGGGAAGUGAGAGAACUCCUUAAAGAAUUUGACGUUUCAUCUACUAUAUCUACUAGACGCCAAACCUUUAAGGAUAGUCUGCGAGGAGGAGUACUAACUGCUGAAAACAUAGAUGUUUCUUUGGAUAACUUCCCUUAUUUUCUAAGUGCUACGACCAAGGAUGUUCUGAUAGCAUCGAUGUAUGUCCAUAUGAAGGGUGGAAGCAAGUUCGCAAAGUAUGCAUCGGACUUGCCUACAACGAGUCCCCGUAUCUUGCUGUCUGGACCAGCAGGCUCUGAGAUAUAUCAGGAAAUGUUGGCAAAGGCGCUUGCUAAAAAUUUUGGGGCCAAGUUGAUGAUCGUUGACUCUCUUUUGUUGCCUGGGGGAUCACCAGCCAGGGAAGCUGAAUCAUCUAAAGAAGGUUCUAGGCGUGAAAGGCUCUCUAUGCUUGCUAAACGAGCUGUUCAGGCUGCACAAGCAUUGCAGCAUAAGAAACCAACUUCAAGUGUUGACGCUGAUAUAACAGGUGGAUCAACUUUGAGUUCUCAGGCUUUGCCAAAGCAAGAAGUGUCAACAGCAACUUCUAAGAGUUACACGUUUAAAGCAGGUGACCGAGUCAAGUUUCUAGGUCCUUCGUCUUCUGCAAUUUCUGCUCUUCAAGGCUCACCACUUAGGGGACCAACCAUUGGUUUUCAAGGAAAAGUAGUCCUUGCAUUUGAAGACAACGCAUCAUCAAAAAUUGGGAUUAGAUUCGAUAGGCCUGUGCCGGAUGGCAAUGAUCUUGGUGGCCUCUGCGAAGAAGACCACGGUUUUUUCUGUGCUGCUAGCUCACUUCGGUUAGAUGGUUCUUCUGGUGAUGAUGCUGAUAAACUCGCCGUUAAUGAAAUCUUGGAGGUCGCACUAAGUGAGGCUGAAGGAGGGUCAUUGAUACUGUUCCUUAAAGAUAUUGAGAAAUCUCUGGUGGGUAACAGUGACGUAUAUGCAACCUUGAAGAGCAAGCUCGAGAAUUUACCGGAUAAUAUUGUUGUCAUAGCCUCACAAACCCAGUUGGAUGCUCGAAAAGAGAAAGCUCAUCCUGGAGGUUUCUUGUUUACCAAGUUUGGCGGCAACCAGACGGCUUUACUAGAUCUUGCAUUUCCGGACAAUUUUAGUAAACUUCACGACAGGAGCAAAGAAACACCUAAAUCGUUGAAACAAAUAACUCGGCUAUUUCCUAACAAAAUCGCCAUCCAAUUACCUCAGGAUGAAAAUUUGCUCCCGGACUGGAAGGAGAAACUGGACCGUGAUACAGAGCUUUUGAAGGUUCAGGCUAAUAUAACCAGCAUCCUUGGAGUCCUUACCAAAAACCGUCUGGACUGCCCUGACCUUGGAACCUUGUGCAUCAAAGAUCAAACCCUUCUUCCCGAAAGUGCUGAGAAAGUGGUUGGUUGGGCCUUUAGCCACCAUCUUAUGAACUGUUCAGAACCUAUAGUCAAAGACAACAAGCUUGUUAUCUCAUCGGAAAGCAUUACAUAUGGCCUGCAGAUGUUGCAGGGUGUUCAGAAUGAAAACAAGAGUCUAAAGAAAUCUCUAAAGGAUGUUGUGACAGAGAACGAGUUUGAGAAAAAACUCCUAUCAGAUGUCAUUCCUCCUAGCGACAUAGGUGUAUCGUUUGAUGAUAUUGGAGCUUUAGAGAAUGUGAAAGACACAUUAAAAGAGUUGGUGAUGCUUCCUCUUCAAAGACCCGAAUUAUUUGACAAAGGCCAGCUAACCAAGCCUACGAAAGGUAUUCUGUUGUUUGGACCUCCUGGUACCGGGAAGACGAUGCUGGCAAAGGCAGUAGCAACUGAAGCUGGCGCAAACUUCAUCAAUAUCUCAAUGUCCAGUAUUACUUCAAAGUGGUUUGGUGAGGGAGAGAAGUAUGUGAAAGCUGUCUUCUCUUUAGCAAGCAAGAUCGCUCCAAGUGUCAUUUUUGUUGAUGAGGUGGAUAGCAUGUUGGGAAGACGUGAGAAUCCAGGGGAACAUGAAGCUAUGCGUAAGAUGAAGAAUGAAUUCAUGAUUAACUGGGACGGUUUACGGACAAAGGACAGAGAACGAGUUCUGGUACUUGCUGCUACCAACAGACCAUUUGACCUCGACGAAGCUGUUAUUAGACGGCUUCCCCGGAGAUUGAUGGUUAAUCUUCCAGACGCCACGAACAGAGGAAAGAUCUUAAGCGUUAUUCUAGCUAAAGAAGAAAUAGGACCAGACGUUGAUUUAGAAGCGAUUGCAAAUAUGACAGAUGGCUACUCGGGAAGUGACUUAAAGAAUCUUUGUGUAACUGCAGCACAUCUUCCAAUUCGAGAAAUACUGGAGAAGGAAAAGAAGGAAAAAACUGCAGCCGAGGCGGAAAACCGUCCAACGCCUCCAUUGUAUAGCUGCACAGACAUUCGUCCACUGACAAUGUCCGAUUUCAAGGCUGCCCAUGAACAGGUAGUAUGUGCGAGUGUGUCAACAGACUCAUCGAACAUGAACGAGCUUCAGCAAUGGAACGAGCUGUAUGGAGAAGGAGGGUCAAGGAAGAAGACAUCUUUGAGCUACUUCAUGUAG